CGUUUUGUCCCGAUUGAGGAUUGGUUUUACCCAACUGUUACCUGGCAUAAACAUCCGGUUGAAUCUGUUGUCACUUGCCCAAGAAUUUUCUGGAGAAUCGGUUGCUAUAGCUCAUCAGAAACCUUUCUUUGGUUGAAAAUAACGGCUAGUAUAGACAAACAUCAUGGUGAGACUUGUUAUUAAGAAGGGUGAUGAAGCCCAGUUUUUGUAUGAGACAACUGUGGAGACGCCAGUGGAUGAGGUGAUAGCAGAUGUCUGCGCUAUCUACAAUGGAAGACUGAAAGUGCACAGACUUUGUGCAGAGAUAGAAGACCUAGCUGCUCAUGGGAUCACACUACCCCCAAACAUGCAGGGCCUCACUGACGAGCAGGUUGUAGAACUCAAACUGAAGGAUGAGUGGGCGGAGAAAUGUACUCCACAGGGCGGAGUCAGACUUAAUGAGGACAAGAUUGGCAGGAGGAAUGGGCAAGCUCCAACAGAGAAGAUGGCAGAAGUGUUGACAAAAACUUGUAAGGAAGCACAAGACAUGGUUUCUAAAAAGAAAGUUCAAGCCAAUGAGCUGGUGACCCAGAAGACUUUGCAAGAGGCCCUGGACAUCCUGAGGGGGGCUGUGACCAUAGUGUACCCCAUGGGGCUCCCCCCUCAUGAGAACAUCAAGAUGGAGUUUGAAAAUAAUGAGGACCUUACUGGCACACAGGCAUCCACAGAAGUGAUAGAGGAGCCGAAUGCAGCACUAUGGUUUUCUGCCAAGGAAAUGCUUCGUGGCAAACUGCUCAAAGACAGUGUUGGGAAAAACGAGAAAACCAAGGUUAUUGUGAAACUACAGAAGAAAGGUCAGGGGUGUCCCUCUAGAGAGCCGGUGGUCAGCGAGCAAGAACAGAAGCAGAUGAUGGCCUACUACUACAAGAAACAGGAGGACUUCAAGAAACUUGAAAAGGAUGCAGAGGACGCUCAUCUGGACUCGGAGUGGGCUGACAAUCAAUCACUGAAGAGGAACUUUCACGGGCUCAAGGACAUCAAGUGGGGGCCUCGGUGAUAGGGGCCAUAGCUGGGGAACAGGGGACAGUGAUAGGUGCCGUAGCUGGGGAAAGGGGAAAAGUGAUAGGGCCAGAAGCUGGGGGAGAGGGGGCAGUGAAAAGGACAGCCAAUCACUGAAGAGGAACUGUCAUGGGCUCAAGUAGGGGCCACGGUAAUAGGGGCCAUAGCUGGGGAACAGGGGGGCAGUGAUAGGGGUCAGUGAUGAGGCUGGGGGGUGGGGGGGGGGAGCAAGAGUCAUUGUCAUUGACAUUUCAUGAUUUCAUGUUCAUCUUUCGGUAUUGCAAACAUGUCUUCACUUGUGUAUGAAGAUUUGUUUGUUUUAAAUGAAGUUGUAUUGAAUGUGUUGUGCAAAUUAUUGAAAUCAUUAAACUUAAAUGGUAUAAUCAAAAACAUUCAGCAUUGACACUGUGUUGUCAUCUAAAUCUGUCUGAUGUGUUUGUGAGAUAUUAAGUCUUCAACCGGAGUCUCCUUAAUGAGAAGGAUUGUUUUAAAGUAACACUUAUUUGGAGUAAACAGUUAUCACAAAACAAAAGUUUGCAAUGUCAAUCCUUAAAAUUAAAUUAAAUUAAAAUUGUGCAUGUCUAUUGUAUAUACUUUGGAAGGAUUGUAAAAUAGAUUCCAUUAAUAAUGUUAGAACUCUCCACAAACUACAUUCUGUUAAUACUGCAUUAGUUUUUUGUUCAAACCUAUAGUCUGAUUGUAAAACAUUUGUUCAAAAGCAAUUAUUUUCAUGUGUAGGUACCCAUUAUGCUGAGACUAUUAUUGAUAUUUGCUGUUAGAGAUAAUUCAAUUCUGAUGCAGAAUGACGAGUGUUGUUGUAUUAUGUACGGAAUGGUUUAAAUUCAUAUUGUUUAAUGCUAUUUACUUAAGAGCUAAACAUUAUUGUAAAGUUGUGAAUGUGUUUUAAAGUUGUAUAUAAAAGUGUAAUUUAUGGA